GGGUAACACUCGGAUAACGAAAUAUGAUAUUUUUCACUGCGGCGAGGUCGACAAUCUGGAUGCGUCAAUUUAGUGGAGCGGGGAGAUCUUGACAAGGCUGUGGUUAGAGAUCCCGAGGUCGGCCCGUGAGGAACAGAUUUGCAUGCAGGGUAGCACGUGACCGAUGUUUCCCCGCGACGCGACACGGCUGAGAGACGCGACUUACGAUGCUGCUGGGGCCAUCACAACGCAACGACAACGGGCCUCAUGUUGCAACAUCCGCCACCAUGGACACGAUCCGGGGAUAUGGAACCAGUCAGAUGCCCUUGGCCGGCGCCAUUCUGUGCUGCACCUCUAUCCCCCCCGAACAGCGCACGGCCCUCGCCCAGAUAGGGGCGCAAAUGGGCGCAACUAUCAAGCUGGACCUGACCUCCGACGUUACGCAUCUCGUCGUCGGUAACAUUAAUAGCGCGAAAUACCGGUACGUCGCAAAGUCACGGGAAGAUGUCAAGGUGCUUGCCCCCGAGUGGCUUGAAGCGCUUCGAACCGUAUGGAUGGAGGGGGAAGAUGUCAACGUGGUAGAGCUGGAGGACGAGUACCGACUGCCUACCUUCUUCGGCCUCAAGAUCUGCCUUACUGGUUUUGAUAACCCGGACCAGCGAAAGUAUAUUCAGGAAUCGGUGGUGCACAAUGGUGCCGAGUAUCACGGCGACCUCACUAAGAACGUCACUCAUCUGAUAGCGGCUAAGCCGUCCGGCAAGAAAUACGAACAUGCAGUCAAUUGGAAAAUGAAGAUUAUAUCAUACGAAUGGUUCCAGCACAGCCUGGAGAGAGGCAUGUCUCUUGAUGAAGCCUGCUUUCACCCUACAAAGCCUGAGGAAGAGCGAGGAAAGGGGGCUUGGGAUCGCAGACCAAGCAUGUCCCCAACACUAGGGAAACACGCUAGGGAGGUGGAGCAGAGUCACACGGUCAAUCCACACCGAAGAAAAUUGAGGCGCUCUGCGAGUUCUAGGAUGGGCAGUCAAAGCGAAGCCUUAUGGGCUGGUAUUACUGCCGCUGGAUUAGAAAGAAAACGAAAUGAGGAAGACGACUGGCAAGAUGAGAACUUUGUCAAGCCAGCGCUUCCGCGCGACAAUGUUCCGAGUCACCCUAGCGCCAUGACAGCCAUGCACGAAGAUGGUGCACAGCCCGGGCAAGAAGACACUGCCUCCCAAUCCCUCCCACAGAUCGCUUUACCUUCCAAUGGGAAAACCGGAAUAUUUGAAGGACGCGUAGUAUUUGCACAUGGAUUUGAUGAAGGAAAGACCAAUAUCCUUCGAGAAGUAUUGACUAACGAUGGGGCAAUCAUGAUGCGCGAUGCUUCAGACCUCGAAAAUCUCUCUGCAGAUGACCUCAGGCGGAGCUAUCUGAUAAUACCUCACGACGCGGAACCUGACCUCACAUCACUUCCGGGAGGCGCCGGUGCAAUGCAUUUAGUCACUAAUUGGUGGGUCGAGCGCUGUCUCCAUACAAAGUGCCUAGUAGACCCCACAGGCCAUGUUCUUUGCAGGCCUUUUGAUAAACUCAGCAUUAGUGGGUUCAACGGCCUGACGGUUAGCUCGACGGCAUUCACCGGCAUUGAACUACUACACGUGACGAAAGUGAUCCCACUGAUGGGUGAGUCCUACGACGAAUUUCUCACACCAAAGACGUCUGUCAUAGUGUGCAACACCCACAACCCAAACCAAGAGAAGCUCAAGUUUGCCACUGAGAAGCGAGUCCCAGCUGUACAUGCCAAUUGGCUGUGGGAAUGUCUUCGUACUAGUGAAUUCCAGCCAUAUGAUGCAUAUCUCCUAAAUACAAUAACCCCUAGUCCGCAAAUAACCCAGGAAAAGCAUGAAAACAACUACACCGAAGUCCCUACCGCACCUCUCUCCGAAGAAGACAGCGCAAAGCUCCGAAAGAAGAAAGCCCACGCAGCAAAGCCACCGUCGAAGCCUCGAAAUGGCUCUCAGCGCCCUCGUACUCUAGACCUUGCUUUAUCCGCUGACCCCACGCCCCUAUCGACGACCGGGUCGAAUGCUACUACCCAGGACUCUAAUUCUAGUUCUACGGCACCUUUCACUGGCACCUAUGACGCACCAGCUCCUUUACCACUUCAGAACAUCAAUCCAGGUGUGAAUUCUCCCCGACGCCCAUCAACCUCUUCGAAUGCCUCAAGCACAGACAUCAACACCAAAGCGAACUCUGCAUCUACAUCCCGAUACACUUCUACAUCGGACGUACCUAGGAAACCUACGCACACGUCUCGUAAAUCCAAGUUCACAAAAGAACCCUCACCAGACUCUGUAAUUCCUCCUCCAUCCGAACCGGUACUUAAAGAGAAGGACUAUUCGAGCCUCAUGUCAGAGCUCCUCACGCACCGCAAGGCCGCUGCUGAAAAGAACGCUAAUCAUGAACCGGAUAAACGCCGACGACAUCGACAGUUGGGACGGGCGACAUCGACUCGUUCGAAUCCUUCCACUGCGGGAGAGAUUGAUUUAAAGACCAGCUCACUGAAGGACGACGAUAAUGACGGAGGGGAAUUGAAUCUGGUUGGAAAGGAGAAGGAAGGGAAUGGGUAUCAGCCUUAUCAGCCGAGCCAGGAGCUGGGAUGGGAGCCGCCGGGGGUCCAGGAAUCGAGACCGAUGGGAGUGGUGAGGGACGUUGUUAGUACUGCUGGGGGGUUGCCGAGGAUGGGGAGACGGAAGAGGUGA